CAUCCAACAUGCACACUCACGAGGCUGGUCGCUUUUCGUAACGCCUUUUAGAGAAAAAAACAAUAGACAUCCUAACAAAAACCAAUAACACUUUAAUGAAACAAAUGUUGAGAUUGGAAACAAGAUUCUUCGUUUAAAAACUUAAAGAUAUAUUGAACAGAACCAAAGAUACUUUGUGUCUGCAUCCAAAACAAGUACAAUGUGACAUAUUAAAGAUAAGAUUUUCUUAUCUCAAUGUUUUGUGGGUUUUAUUCUUUAUUUUGUCUUGUCAGUGAUAUCCGAAUAUGUUUCCAUUAGCUAUUCAGUUUAUCAACUCUAAAUUGAAAGUUGAAAGUAUGUAAAUUUGUUUCACUGCACUUUGAUAAGUGAAGGGAACUAUUCAAUUAGUUGUUUAGAUUGAUUUUUAUGUUAAAAAAUAUUUUAUGAUAUAAAAUGUCGCAACUAAAAUUAUAUCCACAAAGCAUCAUAAGGUUUUUGAAAACAAAUCAUUAUACUCUUUUUUUUUGUGAUCGCAUAUAGUUUUGAAAAUUAAAUAAGCUUUUUACAAAUAAUUAUAUCAUAUCAAAUGCAUUAGGAACAAAUAAAAUUAAGAUAUUGGGCCUGAUAUCAAAGAAAAUAACGCUGGGCCUAUUUAUAAAAAGCCCAAUGUCAUUUGUAAAAGAAAAAAAAGCCCAAACACAUUCGCCGGAGAAGAACCAAAUACAUUAUCAUCUCACGGCGGAAGAAGAAGAUGGAGAAAUCGAAGAAGACAGAUAUGGCGUUCAUCGCCUCAAUGAACGACGACCUUCUCCAGAACAUUCUCCUACGAUUACCCGCGAAACCGUUUGCUUUCGCCUCCUGCGUUAACCGAUCGUGGAACAUCGUCUGCAAUCGCAUCCUCUCUCGCCCCAAAAUGGUUUCUGCUUUCUCCAGAAACCCUCAUCAAUUCGAAGCUGUAGAAGAAGCAAUUGAUAAGGCUUUGUCUGAGCCAAUUCGACCAGAUUUUGUAAUUGCAAACAUUACAUGUGGGAACAUGGAAGACACUUUGAGUCUGAUAACUAAAAGAGUGGGAACAAGGGUUCCUGUUAUUGUAUCCAUAGUUGCUGGAGUAUUGGGAAAAGAAGUGUGUAACGACAAGGCUGGAGAGGUCAAACAGAAUGAUCAGGGCAUGCACAUUUGUCCAAGUUUUGCUAUACUGUUGACCAUUGGCUACUUGCCAGGAAUCAAAGUCGACGUUAUUCCUGUAAUUCAAUCAAAAGAGGAAACUGAAGCGAUGAUUGGUGACAAAUUUGUGAUGGAUAUUAGGAACUUCGUGUCAGAGGUUUCAGAUCAUGCUGAACCAGCCUGUCUUAUGCUCUUCGGGGAGGAUACUCAUGCCACAGAACCUAUCAUUCGAAAAUUGGACUAUGCCAUGCCUGCAGAAACUAUUAUUGUGGGUGAUCAAAAGGGAGAGUUCUUACAGAAACGAGCUAAUGAAUUAAGUAAUGCUCAGUUGCAUAAAGAUGAGAGCAGAGUUCUCGCAGGUUUAAUCUUCGCAAGAGAUAGACGCAGACCCAUUGAAGCUGGACGAGUUCAGUUUCACACUGCUAUAUCAAGAGGAUUGUCACCGGUUGAUUUGAGGUACAAGGUGGCUAAUGCCAUUAGUACUCUCCCUAAAUGGCCUGCUACACUUAUGACAGCAAAAAGAAUUGGAGAAGCUGAGGUUCUUAAUGGAGAACAAAUUCUAGAUGACAUAGAAGCAAAUCUGUUAGGAAACCCGCUCUGGGAGGCUGAUCCAUACAUUGGAGUGAUAAAAAGAAGAAAAUACUCAGUUGGUUUGGAUCAGAAGCCAAAGAUCAUGGCCUCACUUGUGUUUCAUCAAGUUACUGGAGCCGAUGAGCAGUAUCUUACAGUCAAUGGCGCUGGAAUCAAAACGGGUGACCAUUUCCAAGUUUACAUCCCUGAUCUCAAAGUGGCUGAAGCAUCACUAACUGCUGUUUCUUCUCAGCUUAGAAACAUCAUGUCCAAACCAAACAAGCACGAAGUUGUUGGAGGGUUUGUUUUCGCCGGUAGUGGACGUGGCGACUCCUUCUUUGGCCGUCCAAACGCGGACACCUCACCGUUCUUGGAGAACUUCCCGGAGCUACGUUUUGGUGGUGUAUUCUGCGACGGUGAAAUCGGAAGAAGCUUGUCCGUGGAUGAGGGAGAGGAGAAGCAAGUAACUAUCAGUCAGAGAUGUCUUCACGUUGUUAGUUCUGUUUAUCUUAUUGUCUCUUAUGCAUGUUCUUAAUCCUAACACAUCUGUUUGUUUUAUGUUUUGAAGAAAAACUUUUAUUUCAAAUUAUAUUAGGUAAAAUUUUAAUACAAAUUAUCAAUCACAUUUGUAUAUUU